AUGGCGACUCUCGCACAGCAAAAUUUUACCCCAAAUUUUAGUCCCGUCGCUGAUUUUUAUCACGACCGUUCCGUGUUCGUCACGGGUGGAACGGGAUUCAUGGGAAAAGUUCUCGUUGAAAAAUUGCUCAGGUCUUGUCCAGGUAUAAAGAAAAUAUAUCUUUUGAUCAGGCCGAAAAGAGGUCAAGAUAUACAUGCUCGAUUGGGAGAAAUAAUUGAUUCACCGUUAUUUGAUAAACUCCGUAAAGAACGUCCGGCAGAACUUCAUAAAAUAGUACCCAUAAUGGGAGAUAUAACGGAACCUGAAUUAGGUAUUUCUCAAUCCGAUCAAAAUCUUCUCAUAAAAACGGUAUCGGUCGUUUUUCAUUCUGCCGCCACGGUUAAAUUCGACGAAGCUCUCAAACUUUCCGUCACGAUCAACAUGUUGGGAACUAAAAGAUUGGUAGAACUGUGUCACAGAAUGUUAGGCCUCGAGGCUCUCAUACACGUUUCUACGGCGUAUUGUAAUUGCGACAGGGGAGAAGUGAGAGAAAUCAUUUAUCCUCCUCCGUACGAUCCGGAAAAAGUCAUAGAAUGCGUCGAAUGGAUGAACGAGGAUUUGGUCGACGUCAUCACUCCAAAACUCAUCGGAAAAAGACCCAACACGUACACGUUCACGAAAGCGUUGGCAGAAAACAUGUUGAUGAAGGAAAGUGGCAAUUUACCUGUUGCCAUCGUCCGACCUACGAUAGUUUUAUCUUCUUGGAACGAACCCGUUUCCGGAUGGGUCGACAACUGGAACGGACCGACUGGACUCGUGGCAGCUUGCGGUAAGGGUUUGUUUAGAGCGAUGCUCUGCGAAGUGAACAGCGUCGCGGAUUUAGUUCCCGUUGACGUUGUUAUCAAUUUGAUGAUCGUCGCAGCCUGGAAAACUGCCACUUCAAAAUCUAUAGAAGUAAGUGUUUACAAUUGUUGUACCGGCAUGCAAAAACCGAUAACGUGGGGAUCUUUCAUUUACCAAUGCAUUCACAAUCUUCAAAAAAAUCCCCUGAGCGGUGCUUUCUGGUAUCCGGGAGGAGAUUGUUUCAGUAAUAGAUUGAUGCACAAACUCGUCGUUUUGUCAUCACACGCUUUUCCAGCUUAUUUUCUAGAUACGUUUUAUAGGCUUGUGGGAAAAAAACCAAUAAUGGUUAAAAUGUAUCAGAAAUUAGAAAAGGCGAGACAGUGUUUAGAAUAUUUCGGUAAUCAAGAAUGGAGAUUUAGAGAUGACAACGUUCAAGAAUUGAAUUCGAUUUUGUCGCCGGAAGAUAGGAAAACGUUUCCGUUCGACGUGAGUCAAAUCGAUUGGCCCAAGUAUCUUCAAGAUUACGUUUUAGGAAUCCGAAGAUUCAUAUUCAAAGAAAAUCCUUCGUCGAUUCCAACGGCAAGGAAAAGCAUACAAAAGUUGUAUUGGAUUCAUCGAUUAGUUCAAAUUUGUAGCCUCAUGUUCGUAUUAAGAGGUGUUAUAAUGAGAUCGUCACAGGCUCGACGACUUUGUUUAUUCGUUAUCGAUGUUUUCCUACGCGUCUAUAGAAUGAUUCCAAAAUUUUAG